GCUCGUGCAGAGAAGAUGGAAGAGAUGGAGCAGGAGCGGAUUCGGCGUCUUGUGGAUCGUUUGGACAACAUGCGAAAGAACGUUUUGGGUGAUGGCCUAUCUCGCUGCAUCUUGUGUGGGGAGCAGCUGGGGUUGCUGGGGUCACACGCUGUAGUGUGUGAAGACUGUAAGAAGAAUGUCUGCACCAAGUGUGGGAUUGAAGCAUCCAAACGUCCUCAGACGCUGUGGCUGUGUAAGAUCUGCAGUGAGCAACGAGAGGUCUGGAAACGCUCCGGCGCUUGGUUUUUUAAAGGUUUGCCCAAACAGGUGCUGCCAGAACCAAUGCCGAUUAACAAACAGAAUCUUGAAUUGGCGAAGGGAGAACAUCCUUCACAGAUACCACCAGGUCCAGAGCAGAAAACCUCUCACAAGCUCACAAGAGGUCAAGCAGAGGGUGCUGUCGCUGCUGAGCAGGCCUCUUAUGAGACUGUUAGCCCCACAAAGGCUGCUUGUGGUUAUGCUGCUAAAUUGCCUUCUUAUUCCACUGGGACAUUUUCACAGAUCUGUCGUUUUGUUACCAAGGCAGUGAUGUUGGGCCUGUGCCUACUGGGCGAGCUCCAGCCAGUUCCGUUGCAUCAGGACGCAGACCACCAGAGUCGCAAAUGGCAGCAGGUAGUGAACAUGGUGAAAGUGGACGACGCAAUGUUUCAGCUCCGGGUUCACGUCCUCCCUCAGCUUUACACCAAACUAACCCUGCACAGCCAAUUCAAGCAGACAAUGGCAACACCACAACAGCCUGCCAGCAAGGAAGAUACGAUUAGAAACCUUAUGCCUGUGGUAGGGUCUCCAUCCUUGUCACAUUCUGUGACCAACCAACCCACCCCAUCAUCAGAUGCAAGUUAUACCCUGGUGAAGGAGGAGAGAGCUGUCCGCCACCAUCCACCAUAUACAGCAUCAAGUACAGCCUCCACACUGCCUCCUUCCACACAACAGCAGGAGGAUGAAGAUGAAGAUCCUUAUGACUCAGAUGAAGCCACUACAUUGGGAGCACUGGAGUUCAGUCUAAUAUAUGACCAGGUCAACAAUGCUUUGCACUGCACCAUCAUAAAAGCAAAGGGACUGAAACCAAUGGACUCCAAUGGCUUGGCUGAUCCAUAUGUGAAAAUACAUCUCCUGCCUGGAGCCAGCAAGUCAAAUAAGCUGCGUACGAAAACAUUGCGCAACACCCGAAACCCUGUGUGGAAUGAACGGCUAACAUACCAUGGAAUCACUGAGGAUGAUAUGCAGAGAAAAACUCUCAGGAUCUCAGUCCUGGAUGAAGAUAAGUUUGGUCACAAUGAAUUCAUCGGGGAGACCAGAGUUUCUCUGAAAAAACUUAAACCCAAUCAAGCAAAGAACUUCAACAUCUGUUUGGAAAGAGUGGUACCAGUAAAACGAGGUUCAACAGUUGGAUCAACACGAGGAAUGUCACUUUAUGAGGAUGAGGCUGAUCAUAGUGUUGAUACUGAAGAGAGAGGCCGGAUUCUUGUCUCCCUCCUAUACAGCAGCCAGCAGGGAGGCCUGAUUGUAGGAAUUGUACGUUGUGUUCAUUUAGCUGCCAUGGAUGCCAAUGGAUACUCUGAUCCUUUCGUCAAAAUCUGUCUCAAGCCUGACAUGGGAAAAAAGGCCAAGCAAAAGACUCAGAUCAAGAAGAAGACACUGAACCCUGAAUUUAAUGAGGAAUUCUUCUAUGAUAUUAAACAUAAUGACCUGGCUAAGAAAACUCUGGAACUUUCAGUGUGGGAUUAUGACAUUGGAAAAGCCAAUGAUUAUAUUGGCAGUAUUAUAAUGGGCAUUAACGCGAAAGGUGACUGCUUAAAGCACUGGUAUGAGUGCCUGAAGAACAAGGAUAAGAAGAUUGAACGCUGGCAUACUCUGUACAAUGCGAAUCCCAUUCCCAGUGACUGA